AUGAGACUCUCUGCUACAGUGUUCGGUGUUGCACUACUCACCACGUCUGUCAUCGCAGGUCCUCUCAUAUCUCAGCGUCAGGCACGCCAUGAGAUGCGACGACCCUCUCAAGAUGAACAUCGCACAAGCCGGCCUUAUAUCCCAGGCACUUCGGACGUGCUUCAUCCAAACAAAACCUUGCAGGAGAGUUACAGCUCAAACUGGGCUGGCGCUGUGCUCAUUGGUACCGGAUAUACCUCGGUCUCUGGGGAGAUCACAGUUCCCGUCCCUCAACUUCCAAGGGGCGCUGAUCCCGAGACGAAUUACUGCGCCUCUGCAUGGGUCGGCAUCGAUGGUGACACUUGCAAUACAGCCAUUCUACAAACUGGGAUCAAUAUUUGUAUUCAAGGGAGAACUGCGUCGUACAGUGCGUGGUACGAAUGGUAUCCAGAUUAUUCCCACGACUUCAACGACAUCCAAAUUUCAGCCGGGAAUGUGAUCAAGGUAACGGUCGAUGCUACCUCUAUAAGCUCCGGCAAUGCGACAGUGGAGAAUCUAUCUACCGGUGUAUCUGUAACCCAUACAUUCCCAAAUGGCAUUGGGGGGGAUCUUUGCGAGUUCAAUGCGGAAUGGAUUGUGGAAGACUUCUCCGUGAAUACUGGGCUGGCUCCUUUUGCUAACUUCGGCACUGUGGUAUUCUCCAAUGCCGUUGCCUCCAAUGGCAGGCAGACUUAUGGACCCUCACGCGCUACGAUCAUGGACAUCUAUCAAGAUCAGAUUCUAACAUCCUCGUCUGUUACUGAAAAUAGUGUCAUUGUUAGCUAUAUUUGA